CAUCCCCAAGCCUCUGGUGGUUCUGUAGCAGCCCCGUGCUCAGUCAGAGAGCACAGCAGACCGCACCAGCCUGAGCCGAGAACCGCGCGUGCCCACCCACGAGGCCAGACGCCUGAUUGUUGGUGUGAGAGCUGUGCUCCCAGUGGUGGUCCCUGAGCCAUGGAGGCGCCUCUGCAGACAGAGAUGGUGGAGCUGGUGCCCAAUGGCAAACACUUGGAAGGGCUGCUCCCAGUCAGCACAUCCACUGCAGGCAACCAAAGGGCUGAGGACUCCAGACAGAGCUGUGUGGAAGGCAAGAGCUUCCUACAGAAAAGCCCCAGCAAGGAGCCACACUUCACCGAUUUCGAGGGGAAGACGUCGUUUGGGAUGUCUGUGUUCAACCUCAGCAAUGCCAUCAUGGGCAGUGGCAUCCUGGGGCUCGCCUACGCCAUGGCCAAUACAGGCAUCAUCCUUUUCCUGUUCCUAUUGACGGCCGUGGCCCUCCUCUCUAGCUAUUCCAUCCACCUGCUUCUCAAAUCCUCAGGAAUUGUGGGCAUCCGUGCCUAUGAGCAGCUGGGCUACCGUGCCUUUGGGACUCCUGGAAAGCUGGCAGCGGCCCUGGCCAUCACACUGCAGAACAUUGGAGCCAUGUCCAGCUAUCUGUACAUCAUCAAGUCUGAGCUUCCUCUUGUCAUACAGACAUUCCUGAACCUGGAGGAGAAGACCUCGGUCUGGUACCUGAAUGGGAACUACCUGGUGAUCCUGGUAUCCGUCAUUGUCAUUCUGCCCCUGGCACUGAUGCGACAGCUUGGCUAUCUAGGCUACUCCAGUGGCUUCUCUCUCAGCUGCAUGGUGUUCUUCCUAAUUGACGUCAUCUACAAAAAGUUCCAAGUGCCCUGCCCCUUGCCUCUCAACUUGGCCAAACAUCACCGCAACUUCAGCCACACAGAAGUCAUUGAGGAGAAGGUGCAGCUUCAAGGCGAAUCUGAGGCAGCUGCCUUCUGUACCCCGAGUUACUUCACACUCAACCUCACAGCAUAUACUAUACCCAUCAUGGCCUUCGCCUUUGUCUGCCACCCUGAGGUGCUGCCCAUCUACACAGAGCUCAAGGACCCCUCCAAGAGAAAGAUGCAACACAUCUCCAACCUGUCCAUUGCUGUCAUGUACGUCAUGUACUUCUUGGCUGCCCUCUUCGGCUACCUCACCUUCUACGACGGAGUGGAGUCAGAGUUGCUGCCACCCUACAGCAAGGUGGACCCAUUUGAUGUGCUGAUCCUGUGUGUACGAGUGGCCGUGCUGACAGCAGUCACACUCACAGUGCCGAUUGUUCUGUUCCCGGUGCGCCGUGCCAUCCAGCAGAUGCUAUUUCAGAACCAGGAAUUCAGCUGGCUGCGACAUGUGCUCAUUGCCACUGGCCUGCUCACUUGUAUCAACCUGCUGGUUAUCUGCCCCAACAUCCUGGGCAUCUUUGGGGUCAUUGGUGCCACAUUCCGCCCCAUGCUCAUUUUCAUCUUUCCUGCCAUCUUCUACUGAAUCAUACCCACUGAGAAGGAGCCUGCAAGAUCCACCCCCAAAAUUCUGGCCCUUUGUUUUGCUGUUCUUGGCCUCUUGCUGAUGACCAUGAGCUUGAGCUUCAUCAUCAUUGACUGGGUCUCAGGGACCGGCCAGCAUGGAGGAAAUCACUAGGAUGACCCCCAAACUGUUUUGUCUAAUUGUCCUAGCGCCCCUGCCCAGACUCUCCAGCCCCUGCUCCCAUCCAGUGGCUAGUCAGGGGGAGAAAGAUAGGGCAGAAAGGCAUGGUAAACACUAUAGCAUUUGGCCCCACCAUGGGAAUUUUUUGUUAAGGAGCCAGGACUAAGGCCCUGGGGCACCACCUGCAGGGCUCCCAAGCUUCAAGGGCUUCCUGAGCUGUGAACAGGGUGGAGUUAUAGCCUCAAAUCAUACCCAAAUCCCUUAUCUCCCUGGCAGAGUUGCAUAUGCUGGGGUCCAGCAACUGCUUCCUGAGGUCACAUAGCCUAGGGGCAUAUAGAGCUGGAACUCAGGCCUGCAGUCAUUCUUCCACUGUGCUGCAAAGUUGGGGUCUGCACCUAAGGCACUCAUCUCCUCCAUCCACUUGCCUUCACUCCUUGUAUCCCUUUGUGCCCUUUUGGACACUUGGGCUCAGGCCCUUGAAUACUCUUAUCCUUUUUUUCCCAUCCCCUUCAUGAGAGUAGACUCCACUCCAUGGAGGGGGGGGGCAGCAGGUUCUGCUGAGGAUAGGGCUGGGUGGGCACCCCCAAGAGGUGUGGUGGGACUCCCUCACCCUAAGCCUGGACUGUAGCUCACAUUCCAUUACUGGGAGAAGAGGGACCAAGUCUAGAGUGUAAUGCUCCUGGGAACCAAAUACCCCAAGGGCCAGAAUGGGAUAGGGGUGGGAAGGCUGGUGGCCCCCUUUUAUAAAUAUUAUAUAUAGACCA